AUGAAGCCUUUAGAUAUGUUUACCCAGCUAGGAUCUGUAAUUGCGAGUGUUAUGUUUGCUUGGGCUAUGUUCAAGCAAUAUUGUCCAUAUCAGUUACAAAACUAUUUCGAUAAGUAUUCCAAAAGAGCCUUCACUUUCGUCUACCCUUUCAUUCAGAUUACUUUCAAUGAAUUCACCGGAGAUCGUUUCAUGCGGAGUGAAGCUUACUAUGCUAUUGAGAACUACCUUAGUUCUAGUUCAUCCAAGCAGGCAAAGCGGCUCAAGGCUGAUGUGGUCAAGAACAGCCAGUCGCUUGUUCUUAGCAUGGAUGAUUAUGAAGAGGUUGUUGAUGAAUUCCAAGGAGUCAAACUACGGUGGGCUUCAGGGAAACAUAUUUCCAAGACACCAUCGUAUUCUUUCUAUCCAGGAGCGACGGAUGAGAGAAAGUACUACAAGCUCACUUUCCAUAAAAGACACCGGACUCUCAUACUUGGGCCUUACUUGACUCAUGUCUUGAAAGAGGGUAAUGCAAUAAAGUUGAGAAAUCGGCAGCGGAAGCUCUACACUAACAGUGGAUCAUACUGGAGGCAUGUGGUGUUUGAGCAUCCGGCUAGUUUUGAGACACUUGCAAUGGAGGCUGAGAAAAAGAAGGAAAUCAUGGAUGAUCUUAUCACAUUCAGCAAGGCAGAAGACUUCUAUGCAAGAAUUGGAAGGGCUUGGAAACGAGGUUAUCUCCUUUAUGGUCCCCCGGGGACUGGCAAAUCCACUAUGAUUGCAGCCAUGGCCAAUCUUUUGAACUAUGAUAUCUUUGAUCUAGAAUUAACUUCUGUGAGAGAUAACACUGAGCUGAGAAAGCUGCUGAUCGAGACAUCGACCAGGUCCAUUAUUGUGAUUGAGGAUAUUGAUUGUUCUCUUGACCUAACUGGUCAAAGGAAGAAGAAAAAGGAGGAACAGGGAGGGGGGACGAGAAGGAUCCAAAGCUCAAACUGCCGAAGGAAGAAACAGAGAGCAAACAGAGUCAGGUCACUCUUUCUGGGCUUUUGA